UNCCCCAAUCAAGUCUCCCUCCCUCAUCAGCCCAAAGAGCAAUCAGGGUUCCCUGCCCUGUGGGAAGUCCGAGGACCACCCACCUCCAUCCAGGUCUAGUAAGGAGCCCGUGGAUGCCAGGAAAGUGUGGGGAUCCUUUGGAAGGAGAGUUAUCCAGAACAGAACAGCUAUGAAGAAGUCCCUUGGGCUGGCCUCCUGCUUGUGGUAUUGAUUAAUGAUAGAUGUGUCAUACUAGGCCCACUGAGGACAGUACCACCCCUCGGCAGGAGGACCAGGCUGAGUGAGCCAUGAAGAACAAGCCAGGAAGCAGCAGCAUUCCAUCACGGUCUCUGCUUCGGUUCCUGCCUCAGCUUCUCUUGAGCUAUACCCUGGAAGCAUCCUCUCCAGAGAUGCUUUCGAAACAGGACCUUGUUCUGCAGUCCAUGCUGUCCUUGGUCUUAUGGCAAUCCUCCUGCCUCAGCCUCUCAAGGACUAGGGCUAUAGAUAGGGGUCACAAUGCCCGGCCGAAAAUUUGUAUUCAACAGUAGGAAUGAUGAAGAUGCUGAUGAUGAAGAUGCUGCUCGCUGCUCUCUGCUGCCAGCUCUCUCCCGGCGCUAUGGCUUUCAAUGGCAAAUUUGAGUUUGAGAGUGAGAAGAACUAUGACGAGUUCAUGAAGUGCCUGGGUGUUUCAGACGACGUGACUACAAAGGCACGGAACCUAAAGAUCAUCACAGAGAUCCAGCAGAAUGGACAGGACUUCACCUGGUCCCAGUCUUACUCUGGCACCAACAUCAUGACCAACAAGUUCACCAUUGGCAAAGAAAGUGAAAUUCAGACCAUGGGAGGCAAGAAGUUCAAGGCUACUCUGAAGCUGGAGAACGGGAAGGUGGUGGCAGACUUCCCCAACUUUUACCAGACCUCGGAGAUCGUGGGUGACAAGCUAGUGGAGAUCUUCACCAGUGGUGGUGUGACCUAUGAGCGAAUAAGCAAGAGGCUGGCUUGAGCCCCCCCCC